CCACAAACUUGGGUUAUCAGCCGCCAGAAACAUACGAGAAAUAGGUUUCUCGCGAGAAUUCCAUUCCUGAGAUUGCGUCCUUGCUCAGUCCGACAUGGGGUACUGGGACCUGGCAGAGGGCACAGACUGCGUCCAAAAGACAUGGAUAACUACCAAGCUGGCCACGGCUCUGGGCCUGGUUGGCUCAGCCUAUCACAUAGUGGCAUUCCAGCCUGAUUCUGCAGUGGCAGCGCUACAGAGGGCCACAAACACAACUGUUACCAUGGCCACCAUGGGAGCCAUUUUCGGCAUGGCGACUUGCCUCAGUGCUCAGGCUCGGGACGCCCCAGACGACCCACUGAAUUACUUCAUCGGGGGCUGUGCUUCUGGGAUCUUCCUGGGAGCCAGAACCCACAGUGCUAUAACGGGUACGUCAGCGUGUCUGGGUCUGGGUACACUGGCCUUCUUUACCAAAGUCGGUAAGAUGGAGGGAUGGAAGCUCGCUGCAUCCCCCAAACUAUGAGGAGGAAGACAGCUGUACAUUAACAUUAACUGUAUGUUGUAAAAAGAGUUCGUAUAAUAAAGUUCUUGUGAAAACAAAAA